CUUUUAUGCCCGUAUUGAAACAAAUCAGCAGAUCAUGCGGGAGCACUGAUACGAAUAUACAAUGGAGAAGGGAGACAGAGUGAAGGUAGCAGCUCUUACACUCGCCUCUUGCGUCACGCUUGCAAUCUACAUUUUCUUAGCGUCCAAAGUUCAUCAUCGUAAAAGACGAAGUCGUAGAAAUCCUUCGUCAUCACCUCCUCCGUGUUAUCUCAGAGCAGAACCCAAACCUCAGUACGAUUUCAAACGCGUCUUGGCCGAUAACUCUUAUUCUCACUUCCAACACCUCAGCCUCCAUCCCGCCAACAACUCCACCGCCGAGAAAUGCACGAGUUUGCAUCCAUACAUGGCAGAGAUUUCGGCAUUGCUGAAGGAGCCGAAUGUGAAGGCUUUGGAGAAUUAUAAUGAGAAUUUGGAUGAAUUAAAGAACCGUGGUUCGUAUGUUUGGGUGGAAACCGGGUCACAGUUGCAGGAGUUGGCUGAAGUGUUGAGUGGGGAAAGGAUAUUUGGUGUAGAUGUGGAGCAUGAUAGUGUGAGAUCCUUCUUAGGUUUGACCUGCUUAGUUCAGAUAUCAACAAAGAGGGAGGAUUAUCUUGUUGAUGCAAUAGCCCUCCAUGACUUGAUGGGCAUCCUUCGGCCUAUAUUUGCUGAUCCAGGGAUUUGUAAGGUAUUCCAUGCAGCUGAUAAUGAUGUUCUCUGGCUUCAAAGAGAUUUUCAUAUUUAUGUUGUUAACCUAUUUGACACUGCAAAGGCAUGUCAUGUUUUGUCUAAACCGCAGAACUCAUUGGCAUACUUGUUGAAAACUUAUUGUGGUGUCAUUACAAAUAAACAAUUGCGAAGAGAAGAUUGGAGGCAACGUCCUCUACCAGAAGAAAUGCUGCAUUAUGCUAAAAAGGAUUCACACUAUUUGAUGUACAUUGCGUGUUGUGUUUAUAAGGAGCUGAAGAUACAUGAUUUAGAAAGUUCACCAUGUCUCAAAAACAAAUUGACUUUUGUUCUUGAGGCCACUAGUCGUUCCAAUGCAACUUGUUUGCAACUAUUCUCAAAAGUGAUUGAAGCAUAUCCGGGAUACUCUGCUGCUUCGUCAAUAAUUUCUCGAUGUCAUCGGUACCAAGGAAAUCUCCCUUCCAACUUUGUCAAUGCAAAGUUUCAUGACCUUGUGAGCAGACUGUGUGCAUGGAGAGAUAUUAUGGCUCGAGUUCAUGACGAGAGUUUAAGAUAUGUUUUAUCUGAUCAAGCACUUGUUGCACUAGCAGCUAAAGCCCCUACAGAUGUUAGAGAUAUACGCAAAAUCAUAUCUCAAUCCCAACCAAGUGUGUAUCACAUAUCAUCAUUUCAAUUUCCAUCAUCUCUAGCUUGUAGUCAUAUGGAAUACUUUAUGAGUCACUUAUUUCAAGAUGAAGUAGGUGAGGAUGAGGAUAGCCUUCUUGAAAUCCUUCAGAAAUGCUUAGGUGCUAAUGGAAGUUGUCCUCUCUUCGCCUAUAAUAUUGCUUUGUUAUCUGAAAGUAGCUUGGAAGUAGCCGACAGAUCUGUGGUUAGAAAUAAAUCCGCAAAAUCGUCUCUGGCUCGGAAGGCUCUUCAAGAGCUGUUUGACAAAACACAGCAUUGCAAAUCUCCAGUCUAUGACAACUGUAGGAUCUAUACAAGUGAUGGUCGGUUUUUAAGUUUCUGUGGCCGUAGAAAACUCGAGUGGUAUCUAAAGAAGAGUUUGGCAAAACUUGUUGAAGAGGACCCUCCUGCUAUAAUGCUUCUGUUUGAACCCAAACGACGUCCAGAGGAUAAGGAGAAGGAGUUGUGUUAUGAAAAUAAGAAAAAUGUGUGUGUUCGAUGUGGUGAAGGUGACCGUUACUUAAGAUACCGUAUUAUACCUUUGUGCUACAUAAAGCACUUCCCGGAACACUUUAACAGUUACAGAUACCAUAAUCUUGUUCUCCUUUGUGUGGACUGCCACGAAAUUGCUCAUGCUGCUGGUGAAAGAUACAAGGAGAAGAUAGCUGAAGAGAUUGGAAUACCACUUUUUGUUGGUAAAGAUGUUGAUGGUUCUAGCCAGAAUAAGAAACACACCCCACCAGAUUUUGUUGUUUCAGAUCAUAAUAAUAAUAAUAAUAAUAAUAAUAAUAAUAAUCAAGAGUCCAAUACUGACAUCAUAUGUAAUCCAGUUGUAUCAGAAAAUGGGAAUAUCUCUACUGCGAGUGAUUUAGUUGUACAAAGUGACGAGAGUGUUUCUUCUGAACAGUCAAAGGAAUCAAUGUUUGGGCAUGGACCACAUGGGAAGCGGGUUGUGGAAUUUAUACUCAAAGAACAUGGGGACGAGGGAAUUCGUGAAUUUAUUCAGAGAUGGAGAGGAAAUUUUGUAGAAGCCAUUCAUCCCCGUUUCCUGCCUGCACGUUGGAAUACAAAGCACAUGUUUGAUUGAAUCCUCUCCUACAAUAUAAUGUUUGUGAUAGGUAUACAACACACAAUAUGUAUUAUCUUAUAAACAACAACACUUACGUAAAAGAUACUCCGUAACACAUUUCUUGUUUCUUUAUGUAAGGAUCGUUUCUUCCGUCUCCGGCUCAGGUCUUUCAACACACACUCUCACACACCACACUUAGGAGGAGGCUAUAGCACACACUAAGGUUUUUAGCUCAACCACUAAGUCCCUCUCAGUUCUCACACAAAGGGAAAGAGAAGGAGAGCACUGCUCUCAAUAGAAGUGUUUCUCGCAGGCUGAGGCUCACAAGGAAGAAGCAAAGACUAUUAAUAGGCUGCCAAGGAAGUCACGGGUGAGGUCAAUACAAAAGACACUCACAUGCAUCUUAGACAAAGGAAAGUCACAAGCAAGACCAAGACAAAUGGAGUAUGCAGCGGACAGAACACAGAGGGGCCAGCCAAGUGGGUAAGUCAACCCUCAAAUAGGUAUGUUAUUGAUCAGAUAAAAUACCAAGGUAAAGGUACCAAAGUGGGAGUAAAACAAUAGGGUGCAAGCCUCAACAAAUAAAGUGGAAGGGAGGCCUCGGUAGGACCAAUACCUCCAACAUUCUCCACCUUAUUGGUCCUAGGUGGUGUAGAGUAUCAAUACAAGGUUGUGACAAGACUCAUCAUCGCCGGGUCACCCGGAAUAUCAACAGACACAACGGGCAAACACUUUAUUAGGCAACCCACAGUUAUCCACAGUCAAAGUUUAACACGCGUUUACAGGACAAGUGCUUCUCAGCAGAAAGACACUUGGUACCCAUAUCCGCGGGGUUAAACUCCGACGGGAUCUUGCACAGCUUGACUCCACCUGCAUCAACAAUAUCACGUAUGAAAUGGAACCUAACAUCAAUAUGCUUAGUUCUAU